AUGGACACGACCAUAUGUAGGCCUUUGCCAACAGAGAGGGAAACUACUGAGGUUGUUGCCAUAGCGACCGCAAACUUAGAAUUCCUCAACAGGUAGCGUUAGCUCCGCCAGUUUGCUCUUUUAUUGUUGGAAAAAGCGUGUUUAUCCAUCUCACAAGGGACGUUAUGAUGGAAGCUGAACCUCAGGAUCCGAGGACAACAUCCAACAUUAUUCCUCUUGCGUUACCCAAGGGAACGGAAAAGUUGUGUGAACUUUGUCAAAGAAGAGCGUACCUGCAGUGCACCAAGUGUCGGGUCGCCUUUUACUGUGAUGCAGAGCACCAGCAGGCUGACUGGAUCGGGAUCCAUGAGAGGAUCUGUCAGUUGCUUGUUCCCGUUCGCACCCCAACACUCUUUAGUCUCCAGAAGGCUGGUCGCAUUGAAACACAGCUUAAAAAGGUGGAGCUGAUUGAGAUUUCCAGGGUGGUGGCUGAGAGCAAGCUGUCUGAGGGGAGGCACCAGGAGGCUCUGCCUGCCGCCCAGUUCUGUCUGCGCUGUUCUAUCGACGUCCAUGGCCCCAGUACUGUCCAACUGGUCCCUGCCUACCUGCUGCUGGCUGAUGCCAAUAUGGGUAUGGGAAAUCUAGCUCUGGUGGCGGAGCUCCUGUCCCAGGCGGAGUGGGCGGUGUUGAAGAGCCCAGAAUGUGGUCAUGCAGUCCACCACCGGCUGCACAGGAGCCUGGGCCGCCUCCACACAGUGACUGGAAACCUGGAAGCAGCUCUGCUUAACUUUGCAAAUGAUAUAUACUUUGCCAGUGAGGAGUAUGGUCUGGAUAGCAUAGUCACCUGUGGUGGUUACUUUCUCAUGGCUGAUGUGUUUGCCAAACAGGGAAAGAUGACUAUUGCUCGUUCCUUGUACUCUGAGGUGGCACACACUUGGCACUCCCAUCUGGCCAAACUCCUGAAGACCCACAUUGAGAAUGUCCAAAAAAAUCCCAACCUGUUGUUGGAGCCCUCCUUUGACAAAGCGCAGCAAUUUGAAGUGGACGGCAUGUUAAGAACCGUUUUGGAGUUUGAGCAGAAUGACUCCAGAAAAGACUCUGCACAGAUUGCGCUGGUGGCUCACUGCCUGGCCAUGCUGUGGUUCCUGGGAGGAGACGCCAUAAAAGCACUGGGAUUUGGCAGCACGGCCCUGCAGGCCAGCCAGCUGAUACCAAAUCAUGACCUGACAGAGUCCAUCGAGGGCCUGCUGCAGCUGGUGCAGACAGACCCACAUCCCCGUUCUGACUAGUCGCCGUACCUGCCCUGCCCAUCCCUCUGCAUGGUGAUCUGUUCCACCAGGACAUGUCUUUAGCCGCACAGUCACCUAUGUAAAUAUGAGGAACUGCUGAAUUGGUAACAAACAGAACGUCGAUGAAUCCAGAGCUAACGAUGUUUUAUGUCUUAUCCAGAUGUUGUGAGUUGGUACUGUAAGUGGAAAAUGACAAAAGUAUUUUGGGACCUCCAUAUUAGACUGUGGUUUUACCAUACAAAGACUUGAAGAGAAGGCUGAAAAGAGUCAGAAUAAAAUGAAAUUUAAGCAGUAAAGGGACUAGACGUUCAUUUUUGAAUGACUCAUCUUUAUUUUAAUCUAAAAAAAGAGGGAUAUAUAUUUACAUCAUUUUGCACAUUUGUGAAUUACAUGAUUUUGGAAUCCAUUUUGUAACACUGUCAGAGUGAUUAACAGAAUAAUGGUGAGGGCAUUUACUAAAACCUUUGUUUAUGAAAUGUUACACAACGCGUACCAGUGUAGCAGUCCAGAACCUCUGACCACCUUAAUUCAUCAUAUGCAGAUAUAAUUCAAGAUUUCUAUUGUCUAUAUAUCAACAUACACAUUGCAUUUUCUUCCCCAAAUCAAAGUAUAUUGUAAACCUUUAAGCAAACCUCAGAUUCACUUUGUCAUAAAAUGAAUCCGAUGAUUGCUGUGAAAUCCUACAAAUUAUAUACAAUUCUGAAACAUUUAUUCUUUAUAUCAAAACAAAGAAUCACUUUUAAAAUCAUCUCACCACUAGUAGUAUUAGUACUGAAUUAUACAACAAAGUGUUUGUUUUUUGGCAUGUAGAUUCAUUUUUAUGUGUCGAGAUGCAGCAAAACGUGGAAACACUUUGAUUUCCUCGUAUUCCCUUUUUUUUUUUGUUUGUUUUUGAGCCAAAUAUACAUUAGCAGCAGUUUGGAAUUAAA